UGUUAAUAUAUGCAAUGCAGCCAUCUCUGCAGCUACCAUUCUGAGGCAUCCCACGCUGUCAGGAGAACAGCGCUGCGGCUGCUAAAGGGUCUGGCGCUUCGUAGCCAUGGAAACCAAACAGGAACCGUCAGCCGUGUGGAGCCAGACCGUCAACGACGACUCAAACAAUUCAACACAGGUGCAUUUUGAAGGCAGCGCCGUGACCCAGAUUGUGUACAGUGGCGAUCAGUCGGACCGGGCGGAGCAGCAGGUGGUCUACACAGCGGAGGGGAACUCCUUCACCUCUGUGGAGUCUGCAGAGCACACUCUGGUCUACAUUCAUCCUGCAGACGGCAGCCAAACGGUGUUUUCUGAUCAGCCUCAGGUGGCUUACAUCCAGCAGGAUGGCACGACUCAGCAGGUGACUGUUCUCCUUCCUGGUGGACAGAAUGUGAAUGCUGCCAAUCUGCACGUUCUCAGUAACGUAGCAGAGGCUCCACAAGCCAUCCUGGAGCCAGUUUCCCAGGAGCAUCUGUCCAACUCCCUGACAGACAUGGCCGACAUCGCCGAGCCCCCCAGCAGCCCGCUUGGAGCCACCGACUCCACAGACGACUCAGACGAAGUCGACGACGAAGACUCGGAGAUGGACGACUGGGAGCUGCGACACCCUCCGCUGUUCGACCCUCACGCCCUCUGGUGCGAGGAGUGCAACAGUUCCAACCCUUCAGACUGUCCGCUGCACGGCCCCCUGCAUCCCAUCCCCAACCGGCCCGUGUUAUCCAAAGCCAGGGCCAGCCUGCCUCAGAUUCUGUACAUCGACCGCUUCCUGGGAGGAGUCUUCUCCAAGAGGCGCAUCCCCAAGCGAUCCCAGUUUGGCCCUGUGGAGGCGCCGCUGGUUUCCCAGAGUGAGCUGCAAGACCACAAUUUUAAAUUAAAAGUGUGCAUGCUGGAUGCAGAGAAGGAAGAAGAGAAGCCAAGCGACGUCUGGUUGGAUCUCUCCGACGAGGAAAGCUGCAACUGGAUGAUGUUUGUGAGGCCGGCGCAGAACCACCUGGAGCAGAACCUGGUGGCCUACCAGUACGGCUCCGACAUCUUUUACUCCACCAUCAAACACAUCCAGCCCAAGCAGGAGCUGAAGGUUUGGUACGCCGCCUCGUACGCAGACUUUGUGAACCAGAAGAUCCACGAUGUUACGGACGAGGAGCGUAAAGCGCUCCAGGAGCAGGAGUGGAACUGGCCGUGCUACGAGUGCAACCGGCGCUUCGUGAGCUCCGAGCAGCUGCAGCAGCACCUCAACAUGCACGACGACAAGCUCAGCUCCGCUUCCAGAUCCAGAGGCCGCGGCAGAGGAAGAGGCAGGAAGCGGUUUGGGACGGGGAGACGACCGGGACGGCCGCCAAAAUUUAUCCGUCUGGAUCCAGCUGCAGACACCAAUGGAGACAAGACGGCAGAGCUGCUGGAUCUGACGGAGAAGCCGCUGGAGGAGGACGGCGCCCAGAACGGGCUGAAGGAGGUCGACACGGAGCCGGAGGGGGAGGCCGGGACGGAGGACGAGGGCCCGCCGGACCCCCCCGCCGAGGAGCCGCUGCUGCAGGCCGACGCCCCGCCGCCUCGCCCCGACCCGGCCGUUCCUGUGAAGGACGACCCGGCGCCGAGUGGGCAGCCAGAACCAAGCCUGACCUCCCAGGACCUUCACCGCGCCAAAAAGAUCCGGGCGGACGAGCAGAAUGCCGCGCUGCAGCACCUCUUCAUCAGGAAGAGCUUCCGGCCGUUCAAAUGCACGCUGUGCGGCAAGGCCUUCCGGGACAAAGACAAGCUGGAGCUCCACCUGCGGGUCCACGGCCGCGACGCCUACGCCUUCUCCUGCCACUGCUGCGGGAAGAGCUUCGUGAGCGACGCGGCGCUGGAGGACCACCUGCUGGUGCACGCAGAGAGCCGCUCCUACUCCUGCCUCCUGUGUCCGGAGACGUUCGAGAGGCUGGAGCUGCUGAAGGACCACGUGGACGUCCACGCCGUGGACGGCUGCUUCAGCUGUCCGUCCUGCAACAAGAGCUUCACGGAUUUCAUCCAGAUGAAGAAGCAUGUCCGCUGCUUCCACUCGGAGAAGAUCUUCCAGUGUCCAGACUGCGAUAAGGCCUUCUGCCGACCGGACAAGCUGCGGCUCCACAUGCUGCGCCACUCCGACCGCAAGGACUUCCUGUGCUCAACCUGCGGCAAGCAGUUCAAGAGGAAGGAUAAGCUGCGGGAACACAUGCAGCGCAUGCACAAUCCGGACAGAGAGGCCAAGAAGUCCGACCGGACCCACCGCUCCAAAGCCCACAAAACCAAGGUCCCCUCCACCGACCUGGAAAGCUUCGUGUUCAAAUGCAGGCUGUGCAUGAUGGGAUUCCGACGCCGAGGGAUGCUGGUCAAUCAUCUGUCCAAACGGCAUCCGGAGAUGAGGAUCGACGACGUGCCAGAGCUGACGUUACCGAUCAUCAAACCCAACAGGGAUUACUUCUGCCAAUACUGCGAUAAGGUGUAUAAGAGCGCCAGUAAAAGGAAAGCUCACAUCCUGAAGAACCACCCGGGGGCGGAGUUACCCCCCAGCAUCCGGAAGCUGCGCCCGGCUGCUCCUGGAGAGCCGGACCCGAUGCUCAGCACCCACACCCAGCUGACCGGAACCAUAGCAACCGCGCCGGUCUGCUGCCCGCACUGUGCCAAACAAUACAGCAGCAAGACUAAGAUGGUGCAGCACAUCAGAAAGAAGCAUCCCGAGUUCGCCCAGCUGGCCAACACCAUCCACUCUCCUCUGACCACGGCGGUGGUCGCUCCGGCAGUCAUCACCGCUGAUGGUGCAACGGCAGAGGCUGUAGUGACCACCGACCUGCUGACCCAGGCCAUGACGGAGCUUUCCCAGACGCUGACCGCAGACUACCGGACCUCGCAGGGAGACUACCAGCGGAUCCAGUACAUCCCAGUGUCCCAGGCGGGUGGCGGCCUGGCGCAGCCGCAGCACAUCCAGCUGCAGGUCGUCCAGGUCGCGCCGGCCGCCUCGCCUCACUCCCAGGCCCAGACAGUCGAUGUGAGCCAGCUGCACGACCCCCACGGCUACAGUCAGCACUCCAUCCAGGUGCAACACAUCCAGGUGUCGGAGUCCUCCGGCGCCGCUCAAGCCGCCACGCAGGGAAACAGUCAGCCUCUAAGCCCCGCCUCCCAGCAGCCCAAUCAGGAGCUGAGCCCCGCCCAGCUGACCCCCGUCACUCUGGCUCAAGGUCACGCCAUGCAGACUGGCACCUCCCAGCAGCAGGGGGCGGUGCAGCAUGCCUACAUCCCCGGAAACUGGAACUACAGAGGCUACUCGUCUGAGAUCCAGAUGAUGGCGCUACCUCACGCGCAGUACGUGAUCGCAGAGCCCGGCACGCCCGCGUCUGGAGUCAACAGCAGCCAGGUGAAGACGGCACACUUUGUCAUCUCUGAGGGUCAGACUGACCUGGAGACGAAGCAGGCGGCUCCUCAGAGCACGACCCAGACCCAGACCCAGACCCAGACCGACCACCUGGACCCGCCGCCUGCGACCCAGCAGGCCGCCACGCAGUACAUUAUUACCACGACAACCAACGGCGGCGGCACUGGCGAAGUCCACAUCACCAAGCCGUGAGCUCUGGGCGUUUCCGCUGGGUCUCACUGAAGAAUCACGGCGUGGACCUGUGGACAUUUAAAGGAAACGAAAGGCUCCCAGCACAGUUUUAUGUGUCUGAAUGUUAAUGAGCUGCUGCCAGAACUUUAUCAGGAAAUUAAAAUAAAGUUUCCACCUAGGACUGAAGACACCGACGACGACAGGGGGAAAACACACUACUUCUAACAUCAUGCACUGGAAAAUAAAACUGAGUUGUGCUUUUUGGGUUUUCUAAAAUAAAAAUAAAUGAAGUGAACCUCUGUUCUAAUCCAGGUUUAUGUUACAAAAAUAUUAGGGUUUUAUUUGUGAAUGACGUGAAAACCCAGUUAGAGAUGUUACAAUCAUGCAGGGACGUGUCGUCUGUUGGAUGUUACCGCACAGUGUUGUUGAUUUUUGUGAAUUUUCUCCCAUCAGUUUCCUCUUCUGACAGUUUUUAUUUGCUGGAUCGUUAUGAAAUAUUUUAGUAUGGGAAUCUGUUGUCUUUGUCAUCAGUUUUUAUAGUAAAAUGUUGGAAAAACAAA